CUGGCAGAGCUACGCAGAUUGCGGCCCGGUCGGAAACAGCAGCUGAUCGCAAACACACAUGGGGACACGAGUUUUGAGAUCAAAUCUAAUAACAUAUACCCGAUGUUGUAAGAUAACCAAUGAAAGCGCUGCAGAUCAAGACGCAGGGAUCGUAAAUCGCUAUGAAUAAGUUACAGCAUUGUUGAAUUUCUUUAAAAUCGAAAGGCGGGCACGUUGGCGUCUGAUCUUUAGUUAUAUCUGGAGUUCGGUUUCUAACAGGUUUUAUUACAGAUUUCAGAAUCUAACAGGAUGCUGGUAUUUUGUUUGACGGAGUGUUAGUUUGCUGUGGUAGAUCAGAUUGAUUUCUGCUGACAGAUCGAAAUGGCCGCAUGAAUAAUGCCGAUAUUAUUAAUAUUAUAAAGCAUCUACACGCCUACGGCACACAUUCCUGAGCAGAGCAGAAGAGGCGCCUUUCUGAGCUGAGUCCGCAUGUCGUGAAUGCGCCUGCCUUGGUUCAGUAGUCAGUUACGAGGUUACUUUAGGGUGGUAUCGCAGUAUAGGUACAUUUAGACAGAUCUUUAAUUUGAGAGAAGCAUCGAUAACACGACAGGAUGAACUUGCUACCCAAGAGCUCGAAGGAGUUCAGCUCGGCGGAGUACUGGGAGAAAUUCUUCAAGAAGCGCGGCGACAAGUCAUUCGAGUGGUACGGGACUUACACGGAGCUGUGCGGAGUCCUGCACAGAUACAUCAAACCGACAGACGCGGUGCUGGUGGUGGGCUGUGGGAGCUCGGAGCUGAGUGAGCAGAUGUACGACGCUGGCUACCGCGCCCUGACCAACAUCGACAUCAGCACGACCGCCCUCGCCCGCAUGCAGGAGCGCAACUCUGCGCGGCGACCCGACAUGGCGUUCCUGUGCGUCGACGCCCAGCACAUGGAGCCCUUCAGCGACGGCAGCUUCCAGGCCGUGCUGGACAAGGGCACGCUGGACGCCCUGGCGCCGGACGGCUCGCCGGACACUCUGGGGCGCGUGGGGCGCGUGUUCGCGGAGGUGUGCCGCGUGCUGAGAGUCGGGGGGCGCUACGUGUGCGUGACGCUGGCCCAGGAGCACGUGCUGAGGGCUGCUGUGGAUCACUUCAGUGCGGAGGGCUGGGCGGUGAGAGUGCACAGGGUGGAGGGGCAGGAGGGAGGGUUCUGCCUGCCUGUGUUUGUGCUGGUCUGCACCAAGUUCCGCCGGCCAGCAGAGGGCGGCGCCGCGCUGCCCCAAAUCCUGGAGGUGUGCGAGGGGGAGGAGGGCCCCCCCAGGAGGCUAGGGGCCCCGGAGGAGCUGCUGGACGCGGUGAGGGAGAUUCAAGCCUACGCUCUUCUCCGGAGCCAACUGGCCUCGCACACGGACCCUGCCCAGACACCCACCCUGCAGCUCUGCCAUGCCCACACCGGCCGGCCACGGUACUCCUGCCACGUCGUGGACAGCCCUGCCGGCGCCACGCUGCACAGAGCCAGCCAUUUCGCUGUGUUUAUCGUGCCUCAGGGCCGGGAGACGAAUUGGCUGUUCGGCACGGCUGAGGGGCGGAGCCAGCUUGCUGGCAGCGCCGGGUUCCGCAGACUGGUUGUCGUGGCGAUGCACCGCGACCAGGAGUACCAGGACAUGGAGGCCAUCCAAUCGGAGCUGUCCGCCAAGGUGAUGGAGCUGGCACCGCCCGGACUGCCAGCCAAUCACCAGGUCCCGUUCCUGUCAGUAGGGGGCGACCUGGGCCAGCGGUCGGUGAUGCACCGGGGCUCGAGCACGCUCAGUGGAGACUUCGUGGUGGAGGACGUGCGCGGCGAGGAGGGGCGGCUGUACCGCCGGCUCGUCUUCCUGAGCAACAGCAGCGUGGUGCAGUCCGAGAGCCUGCUGGGGGAGACCGGUAACCCAGCAGGCUCAGGGCGCAAGAGGAACAGGAAGAAGAAAGGCCAGCGGGCGGGGCCGGUGCAGGCUCCUCCCCCGGAGGGGCGGGGCCAGGCCGUGGACAGGAGCUUCCUGUGCUGCGCGCAUCAUCGGGUGAUGGUGUCGGGGCUGGCGCUGCUGAGGGGGAGGGGCACAGACCUGGCAGAGGGCCCUGUAUCGGUGCUGCUGGUGGGGCUGGGCGGGGGGGCGCUGCCCCAGUUCCUCCACGACUAUGUGCGCGGGUCCCGGGUGCAGGUUCUGGAGAUCGACCCGGCCGUGCUGCAGGUGGCCUCGGGGUGGUUCGGGUUUGAGCAGGACGACCGGCUGACUGUAACGCUGGGGGACGGGCUGGAGCUCAUCGACGCACUGGCACAGGGAGGGAACUGCAGCUAUGAUGUCAUCAUGUUCGACGUGGAUAGCAAGGACCCCACUCUGGGGAUGAGCUGUCCUCCGCCUGCCUUUGUGGAGCAGUCUUUUCUGGAGAAAGUCAAAAGCAUUCUGACCCCGCAAGGUGUGUUUGUGCUGAACCUGGUGUGCCGGGACCCUGCCCUGCGUGUCGGGGUGCUGUCUGUGCUGCGGGGGCUGUUCCCCCAGAUCUACGAGUGCGGGAUCGAGGACGAGGUGAACGAGAUCCUGCUGUGCCAGCAGGGGCCCCAGGAGCAAGCACUCACCCCCCCGGAGCUGCUCUCGGCCGGCCAGGCCCUGCAGGGGGCGCUCCGGAGGCCGGGGCAGCCCUGGGACUGCAGCCUCGACAUCGCCGCCCUACUGGAGAACCUGAGGAUCGCUUGAUGGGACACUCAGACCCACAGCCAUCACACCGCAGGAGGGGUCUUUAUUAUGCAAGCCUUGUGAGGCGCAUUCAGAAAUACUAAAAGAAAGCUGAUCAGUUCUGUGACAAACAUUUGAACCAGAGGUUUUUCUCAGUGUCUUCAAUAGCACAGCGUUUCUAAUAGAACGACAAAGCGAGUCAUUGAAGACACUGAGAAAGACUUCCAGUGGAUUGUGUUUCUGUAGUGUCUCUAGAUGUGUCUCUAUUGGGUGUGUCCCUGUGUUAGCUGUGCUGACUCUGGAGAGCUGGUUGACAAGCAUGACGAUGCAAGCAAGGCAUUGCAACGCCGCCAAAUACACUUAUUAAUUCAUUUCAAAGCUGUUUUCGAGGAUUGCUGUUUUUUUUGUUACAAUGUAAGAAAUAAGACACAGCAAGCCGGCCCCUUGUCCACAUGUCUCCUCUGUUUGUGUGUAUUUGUGAUUCCCUGACUGGAUGUGGCUUCUUGAAUGAAAAGGUGCCCCGUCUGCGAUUGUCUCAAAACACGAGAAACUCAAUAAAACAACUUUCAUACAAAA